AUGGAUGAAAAGAAUGAUGUCGUGUUUGAAGAUUACUUUCCAUCUAUGGUAGAGAGAAUAGGUGCUGAUCGAUUCAUCGCAGAGCUCUGUCAAGGGUUCUGUUUGCUAAUGGAUCAUGCUAAGGGUCUUAUCACAUUCGAGAGCCUGAAGAGAAGCGCUUCUCUUUUGGGAGUCCAUGACUUGGAAGACGACGAUCUCUUUUGCAUGUUAAAGGAAGGAGAUUUAGAUGGUGAUGGGGCACUGAGCCAGAGGGAGUUUUGUGUUCUCAUGUGCACAUUGAGCUUCGGUUUCAUGAACGGCUCAAGAAAGUUGCUGCUGGAAGAAACCAUUUCAAAUGUGUUUUAG